AUGAGCCCAAAUACCGCGAGCCCGACGGCCGUGCCACACGUGCAGAGCAACGCUCAGGACACCGUUUUGGUGGCUGGUGGUAGGGAAGCAGCUGUCGAGCAAAAUGUGGCAGUGUGGACAAUGACUGUGGCAACAGGCCAUGAACCAAGCACGCCAGGUUGGCCAUUUGCUGACGGUGGUGGGCGGGCGCUUGUUGAGGCGAAUGAGUGCGGCGCGAGCUUCGUGGAGUAUGAUGGCUACGAGAAGGACGGCGGCUUGGAUACAGAGGUUGGGAGCGUUCUGCCAGAGGAGAGAAGGAGCCAGCAUGAGCCAGCAGCCGGCGUGGCCUCCAUCGCCUAUCCGGGAAGAUGGAACCCUGAGCAGCAUGAGCAGCUGAGACGGAUGGAGCAGAGGGCGCCGUUGUUGUGUGGUCGUCCGGAGGAAGGCAGCUCAGGUGGCAGCACGUAUGAGGCGGCUCAAGACGAAGUUCGAAAGCAGUUGCGCGGCGUGGUUACACAGCGGGAGGCACAAAAAAGGAAGCGCAGGACUUGCGGUACAUGCCUAGGCCUGCAGGACCGCCUAUGGCUUUGGGUGGUACUUGGCUGGGCAACCGGGGGCUGCGGCAUCUCCGGCAUCGGGCUUUCAAGCAGGUGUGACUUUGAGUUCGGCAUCGGGCUUACCGACAGCGUUGCCGUUACUGUGGCAUCGGGCUUACAUACGGGAUUGCCUUUGACUUUGGCUUCGGGCUUGCAAGCAGGUGCUACAGAUCCGAUGGCCCGUCUUGAGGGACUGGAGAAUGUCAUCAAGGGUGGCACCCGAGGUAUCCGGAAAGUUCCUCUGGUCAUUGACGCCAAGGUGGUCAUUGGAGCAGCCGCAAUGAGGACAGGUGGCAGGAUCCCUCCACCACGGCUGCAGGAUCAUGUGUGCAGGAGCCUGGCUGGCUUUGCUUGUACAAAUGAGCAUGUUCCUGUUUUUUCUUCUGCGAAUCAUGCGGCCCUUGGUGGUGACCUGGCCACCAUGUACAUCUCCGGCGGUAUGAUGGCAACCGU